AUGGACGAGAGAAGAAGAGCAGGUGGAUGCAGCUGCUGCACGCCCUCGCUGCUUUCCAGCUCGACGAGGACCAGCAGCGAUUCAUCGUCUUAUCCUCCAUCGUCGUACCCGUCGUCUUCCACGAGCUGCUUCAGUCUCAACGUCGAACACACGACGUCGGCGCUCCGCUCCACUAUUUCCGUGCCCGCCUUUUCCACACCCUGGAUAAAGUCAGACGACGACCGUCCCAUGCUUCCCUGCCCAAGGCCCACGACAACAAGGGCUAGCAGCCUCUAUGCGCUCCCCAUGGAGUCAUCGUGGGCAAGAAAAGGAAGGCACAGUACCGGUCCGGCGAAUCCCGUCUGUCCCGAGAGCGACAGCUUGCCCGUCACACCCCAUCCUCACGCCGCCGGGCUCGUGCAGCUCCCACAGAAUCAAAUUCGCUCCCAAGAGCAGCGCAGAAAUGACGCAUCGCCGAUGGAUGAGUCACGCUGGAUGGCAAGCCCUGCCGCGAUGGACCUUGAUAGUGAGGAGGAGAACACCGAUCCACUUCCUUGUGGUCAACGGAAGCGAAGGGACCACGACGGGCUAGUAAGAGACGUGGACCACGGCGGAGUUGAAAGGGACCCCCACGAAGAAGACGACGACGACGACGACGACGACGACGACGACGACUAUGAAAAGUACGGUGGAGAGAAAGCACCACGCACGGCUAUGGACCGUGGCGAGGGUGGCGAGGCAGCACGUCUCGCGUUUGACGGUGGACAUCGGAUGAUCACAAACAAGGACACAAGGGAUACGGCAGACGGAUGGAUAAGCCUGGCGAGACGCCUAAAGCACUUUCUGCACCACGCCCAGUUGCCUCUUCUGACCUCGUCGUCGGUCUCAGACCUCGGAGCGCGGAUAUCCAAGAAUGGUUGCUGGACUGCGCCCAAGAGCAAGAUCGCUGACAACUCUGUUCUCCUCUCCUGCUUUCUCGAGCCCAACGACACCCGCCAUGGUCUCCUCUACUCACCCAGUCCGCCAGAAAAGGCGCGACUCAACAAGAUGCUAGUCCCGUCUUCACGGUCGCCGGGUUCCUCCAAGCGGCGUGUCUCGCGACGAAAUACCACAGGGAGCUCAGGCAACUUGCCAAACUUCUGCAUCUACCGCUUUGUGCUUCCCAACGAUGGCUACUCGGACAAGAAAAGGGCAAAGCUGCCUCGCAUAGUCGUCGACUCCCUCAACAAGGUGCCCGACCGCAAAGAAAUCGAGGGAGUUCACAAUGCAACCUAUGUCGGCAUUGUCUUUUGCGACGGCCUCUGGUGGAUCACUUCCACCGAUCUCUGCAAGAUUGUCAAGUUUCGACUUGAGGCGGCUGGCUUCAAGAUCAUCAACAAAACAAAGCUCUUUGAGGGUGUCUACUCCGACCUGCGGCUUGUGCACGAGCACCGUGAGGAGGAGCCGGGUUCGAAUCUGCUCACGGCGCUCGACGAGUAUGGCUGUCUCUCGAUGCACAAGCGCCAGAAAGUCUACCAGUUUCAGCACGUUAAGAUCGACGAGCUCCUGAUUGGCGCUAUUCGACGCGAGCUCGCACCCAACUGCAUCAUGGUCCGGACAAGGGCGGUGGACGAGCCAGGCAAGCGUCUGUGCUCGGAUGCCUCGUUGAAGAAGGCGAGUGCUUUCCCUUUAUGGCGCCCCCUCGAGGCGAGGAGAGACAAACGCUGA